GAUGACAGAUCUGUGUACCGGCCCGGUGCCAGUACCAUGUGACCUGCUGUGACCAACCAUAGCAGAUCACAUGACAAUUGUAAACAAUGGAUGGCUUCCUUUCAUACCAUCCAUUGUAUACAAUUGUGUCACUAGCUGUGAUUAGUCACAGUGAUCACAUGUACAGACUGGGCCAAUCACAGCCCAUCCGCGUCAUGGGAUUAGCCGUGGCCAAUCACAGCUAAUCACAACAAAAAAGCCUGAAUGAAUUCGAUCUAAUUCAGUUAAAUUGAUUGCUUUUACACCCAUAUAGUAUGUAAAAGCAAUCAUU